GGUUUGUGAUGUUUUCUAGUAUCUAUUUGAUGGUCAAUUCUACCAAUGGAGGCUAGAAUAAGCUGUUAAUAUGCUGGUGAAGUCUUUUAAAGAAGGAGGCAAUGGGUUAGAUUGUGGUUUGACAGAGGGUCCCAGAUGAUGAUGAAAGUUGUUAGAUUAUUUGUCAGUAGGAAAAUACAGAAGUUUGAAUAACCUUAAAAGCUGAAGAAGGGGUAUUUGGAAAUGAGGUCAUUGUGCCUGUCAAAAGAAUUCCUUUGUUGUUGAAGUAGGCAGUGUUGAAAUAGAUGUGAUGCUCAUUGUUACUGCUUGGAAGUGAGCUUGAGGUUGCAGGACUUGGAGCAAGAGUUUAACGUUGUAAUUAAGCUGAAUAAGGGGUAUUUGGAAAUGAGGUCAUUGGGCCUGUCAAAAGAAUUCCUUUGUUGUUGAAGUAGGCAGUGUUGAAAUAGAUGUGAUGCUCAUUGUUACUGCUUUGAAGUGAUCUUGAGGUUGCAGGACUUGGAGCAAGAGUUUAACGUUGUUAUUAUGCUAUAUUGUGGCUAGUCUCAAUGGUUUUAUUUGCAACUCCUGUCUUAUGUUUUAUUUCAUCCUUUACGUUUUGGGUGAAAUACAUAUAGAAUGGAUUAAUUUAUCCUAAGAUUGUUCCUUUUUUGGUGUAUAGUAUAAAGAAUUAGAAAGUAGUUAAGUCAACUGGUAGGAAGUUGAAGGAGUUUGUGCUUUGGAUUGGUGUAUUUCAGUUGUAGUGUUGGAUCAGAAUGUUUUCUGAAUUACCUGUCAAGAGUUAUUCAAUUGGGUGAGGCAUAACAUUUGUGUGCUUGGCUUAGUUAGAAGCAAGAUGAAACUUGCUCUUGUAAUUUGGAAUCUAGUCUCAAGAUUGAGAAAUAGGCGAAUGAUGGUAUGAAAUGCUACUGCAUAAAACCAGAAAUUAGUGCUAAGUAUUUUUUUGUGAAAUAUAAUUGGACAAUCAAAUGAUGUUACGUUGAUUGGUUGUAAUAGCGUCAGAGUACUUGUACACUGUCUACAUGGUGUUAGAAAAUAUGAAGGAAAGAUUAAUAAUGGCUUAUGAGGGCACUAAACUUGUAUUCUGUUGUGGAAUAAUAAGAUUUGGUCUGUAAAAGAGGAAUAACAGAGUCCUCAUCUUCAUCUUCUUUGGCUUGGAGAUAUGAUUUUUGGGAUUGGAAGACUGUUGCCUGCUGCAUGCGUGUUUUCUUAUUGAAAAUUUUUGCCUCGUUAAUGUGGCUAUAUAUAGGGUUGAUUGUUCCUGGAAAUGGUGGAAGUCCACUUCCUUGGAUUUGGGACCCUUACUCAGCAAUGGCCUCUUGAACUUGAAAGGGGAUAAAGUUAGUGUACUCGUGAAUUGUUCUAAUCCUUGGAUUUGGGACACCCUUACUCAGCAAUGGCCUCUUGAACUUGAAAGGGGAUAAAGUUAGUGUACUCGUGAAUUGUUCUAAUCCUUGGAUUUGGGACACCCUUACUCAGCAAUGGCCUCUUGAACUUGAAAGGGGAUAAAGUUAGUGUACUCGUGAAUUGUUCUAAUCCUUGGAUUUGGGACACCCUUACUCAGCAAUGGCCUCUUGAACUUGAAAGGGGAUAAAGUUAGUGUACUCGUGAAUUGUUCUAAUCCUUGGAUUUGGGACCCUUGUACUCGUGAAUUGUUCUAAUCCUUGAUCUGCGUCUUACAGGGUAUGGGAAUUAAAAUGCAGAGUGAAUUCUUCUUUUAUUUAAGUUUUGCCUAAAUGCGAGUGCUUCCACAUGAUGCUUGUUUGAAAGUAUUUUGUUUACCUGUGCUCCUUAUCUACUCAAGAACAGCCUUUUUUUUAUAUCAUUUUCUGUUCUGUAUUCUCAUAUUCUGUCGUUAUGGCAUUCUUAUCUUAGCAAGAGGCAUAAGCCCUGUUCGAUUGAUGCAAGCCUGUAUUGAUGGGAAGGAAAACAUUAUUCUGGCGAUUUAGAUUCUGCCCAGUUCAUAACAUGCUUCAUUCUGAUUGUGUAAUUAUGGAUCAUUUGGAAAUUUGCGUACAAGUGGGAAAUUGCAUAAUUCUGUUUGCUGCUGGGUGGAAGCUUAAUAGCCAAAACAGUAUAUUCACAAAUUUUCAUCCAGAGGCCGAUUAUUGAUGCAUGCAUGUGUCCAAAAACCCUCAUGGAUGUUACCAAAAUAACAAUGAUAACAGAAAUCUGGUUCUGAACGAUUAGAUUGGAAAACGAAUGUUAUUGAAGGGAUAGGACGAUGCAAACCCCUGUUAGUUUGAAUACAACUGUAGUUUUCCAUAAUUUGAAUGGCUGUCAUUUUUUCUUAUUUGCAGCCAAAGAAUCCGUUUUUUGAUAACUGUUAAUCAAUAAUUUGCUUAUGAAUGUAUGCAUUUUCCCCUUUUAUUGGGUUUAAAAUCCACGAGGAUGGUUAUAUGGACAUGAAUCAUGAAUGAGACAGUUCCUUACCAUUCAUCCCAUAAAACUCUGAACCUCGUACUAUCAAAUCUUGACAUGACAUUAGAGUGAUAAUAUUGACAACACUGUUUUUAAGCAUUCUAAUUUGUGGUAGUAUUAUUGGUACCACCAAAAAAAGUGGAAACUUUGGCAUGCAAAAACCACAAAGGCAAAACAAAGAAAGCCGAAUUACUCGAGCUUUCACUCCUUCAAUGCAACAAGUUGGUUAUAAAGCUUCUCUACCUUCAACAAAACAAAAAACCAAAUGCUUGCUGUCUUCUUAAGGAUAACAAACACAUCUGAUUUCUCUCCUCCUCUGUCAUUUGUGUCUCCUUGAUAGGCCAAUGAAGGGUAUAUUUUCAGGCCUAUUGAAGGAGACUCUCUGACCCCAAGAAAUUGAAGUGGAGACAUUUUCUUGUUUUGAUCUUCUUGUUCGGUUUCAUCUUUCAUCAUGGGCGACGUUUCUUUGGAACAGAUAAAGAAUGAGAAUAUUGAUCUUGAGAGAAUUCCUGUUGAAGAGGUUUUUCAGCAGCUAAGAUGUACAAAAGAAGGAUUGAGCACCGUACAAGGUGAGGAGAGGCUUAAGAUCUUUGGCCCAAACAAGCUUGAGGAGAAAAGAGAGAGCAAAUUCCUCAAGUUUUUGGGUUUCAUGUGGAACCCUUUAUCAUGGGUCAUGGAAGCAGCUGCCAUAAUGGCCAUUGCUUUGGCUAAUGGAGGAGGCAAGCCUCCGGAUUGGCAGGAUUUUGUUGGUAUCGUUGUAUUGCUUAUCAUCAACUCCACCAUCAGCUUCAUUGAGGAAAACAAUGCAGGCAACGCAGCUGCCGCUUUGAUGGCUGGUCUUGCCCCCAAAACCAAGGUUUUGAGGGAUGGAAAAUGGAUGGAGGAAGAUGCAUCAAUUCUGGUACCAGGAGAUAUGAUCAGCAUCAAGUUGGGAGAUAUCGUCCCAGCUGAUGCUCGUCUCAUGAAAGGAGAUCCGCUCAAGAUCGAUCAGUCUGCUCUGACUGGUGAAUCCCUUCCAGUUACAAAGCAUCCCGGUGAAGGGGUUUUCUCUGGCUCAACCUGCAAGCAAGGUGAGAUUGAGGCUGUUGUUAUUGCUACUGGUGUUCACACCUUCUUCGGCAAGGCAGCUCACCUCGUUGACAGCACCAAUAACGUUGGCCAUUUCCAAAAGGUGCUGACAGCUAUUGGUAACUUCUGUAUCUGCUCAAUCGCUAUUGGUAUGCUGGUUGAGAUUAUAGUGAUGUACCCAAUCCAGCACAGGAGGUACAGAGAGGGUAUUGAUAACCUCUUGGUGCUUCUCAUUGGAGGUAUCCCAAUUGCUAUGCCGACAGUCUUGUCAGUGACCAUGGCUAUUGGGUCUCACCGUCUAUCACAGCAAGGUGCCAUCACCAAGAGAAUGACCGCUAUUGAAGAAAUGGCUGGAAUGGAUGUCUUAUGUAGUGACAAGACCGGAACUCUAACCCUCAACAAGCUUACCGUGGACAAGAGCCUUAUUGAGGUGUUUAUAAAGGACACGGACAAGGAUACCCUUGUAUUACUCGCUGCUAGGGCUUCCAGAAUUGAGAAUCAGGAUGCCAUUGAUGCUUCAAUUGUUGGGAUGUUGGGCGACCCCAAGGAGGCAAGAGCAGAAAUCACCGAGGUGCAUUUCUUACCCUUCAACCCUGUGGAAAAGCGCACUGCAAUCACUUACUAUGACAACAACGGUGACUGGCACAGAAGCAGCAAGGGAGCUCCUGAGCAGAUUAUCGAACUCUGCAACCUAAAAGGGGAGACGAAGAAAAAGGCCCAUGAAAUCAUUGACAACUUUGCCGAGCGUGGCCUUCGUUCCCUAGGAGUUGCUCGCCAGAGAAUUCCAGAGAAGACCAAGGAAAGUGAAGGAGCACCGUGGGAGUUUGUGGGUCUCUUGCCUCUUUUCGACCCUCCAAGGCAUGAUAGUGCUGAGACUAUCCGUCGAGCCCUUGACCUUGGUGUCAAUGUUAAGAUGAUCACUGGUGACCAACUUGCUAUUGGCAAAGAGACCGGCCGCAGGCUUGGGAUGGGCACAAACAUGUAUCCUUCAUCAUCUCUCCUUGGUGAUAGCAAGGAUGAGAGCAUUUCUGGCAUUCCAGUUGAUGAGCUCAUCGAGAAAGCUGAUGGAUUUGCUGGAGUCUUCCCUGAACACAAGUAUGAGAUCGUGAAGAAGCUACAAGAGAGGAAGCAUAUCUGUGGUAUGACAGGAGAUGGUGUUAACGAUGCCCCAGCAUUGAAGAAGGCAGACAUUGGAAUUGCUGUGGCAGACGCAACUGAUGCUGCCAGGAGUGCUUCAGAUAUUGUCUUGACAGAACCAGGAUUGAGUGUUAUUAUUAGCGCUGUAUUGACAAGCAGAGCCAUCUUUCAGAGGAUGAAGAACUACACAAUCUAUGCUGUUUCCAUCACAAUUCGUAUUGUGCUGGGAUUCUUGCUUGUUGCACUUAUUUGGAAGUUCGACUUCUCGCCAUUCAUGGUUCUGAUCAUUGCUAUUCUCAAUGACGGAACCAUCAUGACCAUCUCCAAAGAUAGAGUCAAGCCAUCUCCUGUGCCCGACUCAUGGAAGCUCAAGGAAAUUUUCGCCACAGGCGUUGUCCUUGGAACUUACAUGGCAAUCAUGACUGUGCUGUUCUUCUGGCUUGCUCAUGACACCGAUUUUUUCCCUGAGAAGUUUGGCGUGAGGACAAUCAGAGGUAAACCAGAUGAGCUUACAGCAGCUCUUUACCUUCAAGUGAGCAUCAUCAGUCAAGCGCUCAUCUUUGUAACCAGGUCAAGGAGCUGGUCCUUUGUUGAAUGCCCUGGUCUCUUGCUUGUCAGUGCUUUCAUUGCAGCACAGUUGGUGGCAACUCUCAUUGCUGUGUAUGCAAGCUGGUCCUUUGCAAGAAUCGAAGGCAUUGGGUGGGGAUGGGCAGGAAUCAUCUGGCUUUUUAGCAUUAUCACAUACAUCCCUCUUGAUAUCAUCAAAUUCAUUAUUCGCUAUGCAUUGACUGGGAAGGCCUGGGAUAACAUGCUACAAAACAAGACUGCUUUCACAAACAAGAAGGACUAUGGAAAGGGUGAGAGGGAGGCUCAAUGGGCUACUGCUCAACGUACUCUUCACGGUCUUCAACCUCCAGAAACCAUGUUUAAUGACAAGACCACCUACAGAGAGUUGAGUGAGCUUGCAGAGCAGGCUAAGAAGCGUGCCGAAGUAGCAAGGCUCAGAGAGCUUCACACGUUGAAGGGACAUGUUGACUCAGUGGUUAAGAUGAAGGGACUUGACAUUGAGACCAUCCAACAACACUACACAGUCUAAGGAAAUAAAAGAGAUGUAGAAAGAAGCACAUGCAAGUAUGAUAGAGACGGAGUUCAUAGAGAACAAACAAGAAAACUAAUGUCAGAGCUGUUUUUUCCUGUUUAACAUUUCAUUUAUUAUUUAUUUAAAUUAUAGGAGGGGAUCUUCAUAUAUAUAUAUAUGAUAUUUCCACCUCUUGCAUGUUUAAUUCGCACAUGCAGCAAACAAGCAAAUUUUCCCACCACUAG